UCCAUCCGCCCCCCCGCACACUUCGGCGCCAACAAGCUCUUCAGCCUCGUGCCGCUGCUGCCGGAUGGCGCAAAAAAGGGGAAGGAGCUGGCGGUGGAUCUCUCUGCUGUCAGCCUGGAGGACCCAGAGAUCUGGUCCCCAAAAAUUUUCCCCCACUUGGAUGAGUCUCAGCUUGCAGCCAUCCGGCUGGCACUGAGCAGGGAGUUCGUGCUCAUCCAGGGCCCCCCCGGCACAGGCAAAACCUUCAUCGGACUCAAGAUCACGGAGCUGCUGCUGCGGAACCAGGGUGGGGAUGCGUGGGGGGAGCAGCCGCCCCUCCUGGUGGUGUGUUACACCAACCACGCCCUCGACCAGUUCAUGGAAGGCAUCCUGCAGUUCCAGCCCUCGCGGGUGGUGCGCAUCGGGGGAAAAUGCCGCAGCAAGAAGGUGAUGGGCUGCUCCCUGCCACAGGUCCGGCAACGGGAGCUUUGUGGGCUGGGGAGGGCCAGCAGCCGCCGGCAGCACGCGCAGCUGCGAAGCACCUUGCGGGAGCAGGAGCAGAGCGUCGCCUUCUGCACCGAGGUGCUGGGGCUGCUGCGCCGCGGCGUCCUCAGAGCCAGCGAGCUGCAGGACCAGAUCGGGAAGGACAACCUCCUCUUUAAGGGUGCCGUACAUCUGGACAUGCUGCAGUGGCUGGAGGUGCAGCUCCCGGAGGACAGGAGCCCGCGGCGAGGACGGGACCAUGGCGCAGGCACAGAGCAAGGGGCCAGGGGGGGCUGUGGGGGCCCUGGGGUGGAUGAGAGCUGUGAGCUGCUGCCCCGGGACGAGCGGUGCCUGGACGAGGAGGAGGAGUUCGACCUGGCGGAGGCCGAGAGGAGAAAAGCCCGGGAGAAGUUUGCCUACAUCAUCCCCGAGGAGGAGGAGAGCCCGCUGGACACCCAGCUGGCCCGCUGGCUACAAGACACCGACGCCAUGACUGACAGGGAGAUCGGCUACCUGAGGAGCCUCUGGCAGCUCCGGCUCAGCGACCGCUGGCGGCUCUACAGGCGGUGGCUGGGCGCCUACAGCGCGGCGCUGGAGGAGGUGCUGGUGAAGCAGCUGGAGGAAUACGAGCAGAGCGCGGCCCAGCUGGCCCAGCACCGGCUCCAGGAGGACCUGCGGAUCCUGCGGCAGAGCCGCGUCAUCGGGAUGACGACCACGGGGGCUGCCAAGUACCGCAAGCUGCUGCAGAGCAUCCAGCCGCAGACGGUGAUCGUGGAAGAGGCGGCGGAGAUCCUGGAGGCGCACAUCCUGACCUGCCUCACCCCCUCCUGCAAGCACCUCAUCCUCAUCGGGGACCACCAGCAGCUGAGGCCCAAACCAGCCGAUUACACCCUGGAGAAGAAAUAUCACCUCGGCAUCUCCCUCUUCGAGCGGAUGAUCAACAACGAGAUCCCCCACGUGCAGCUGCUGUGCCAGCACCGCAUGCGCCCCGAGAUCUCCCAGCUGCUCGUCCCCUUCUUCUACAAGGCGCUGAGGGACCACCCGGCUGUCGAGAGCUACAGAAGGAUCAAGGGCGUGGAGAGCAGCGUCUUCUUCAUCCAGCACGUGGGGGCUGAGAACCUCGGCAGCCACGUCGGCAGCUACAGCAACCGCUCAGAGGCCUCCUUCCUGGUGCACCUCUGCAAGUACCUGCUGGAGCAGGGCUACGAGAAGGAGCAGCUCACCAUCCUGACGCCCUACAGCAGCCAAGUGGCCACCAUCCGUCAGCUGCUGGCCAGGAGGGACAUGGCCAAAGUGGCCACCUGCACCGUGGAUGACUUCCAAGGGGAGGAGAACGACAUCGUCCUGCUCUCACUGGUGCGGAGCAACCCAGAGGGGCGCAUCGGUUUCCUCAAGGACCGGCACCGCCUCUGCGUGGCUUUUUCCCGCGCCAGGAAAGGCUUCUACUGCGUCGGCAACCUGGAGGCCAUCGCGCAAGGCGCCGGCGGGCAGCUCUGGGCCGAGAUCCUGGUGGCCCUGAAGAGCAAGGGCCUGGUGGGGGACGGGCUGGUGCUGACCUGCCAAAACCACCCCGAGGUGAAGGUGACGGUACGGGACGCCUCCGACUUCAGGCGAAGCCCCGAGGGCGGCUGCACGCAGCGGUGCCAGACGCCGCUGCCCUGCGGCCACCCCUGCCCGCGCCACUGCCACCCGCGCGACCGCGAGCACCAGCAUGUUCGCUGCUGCCUGCCCUGCGCCCGGCCGCCCUGCCCGCACGGCCACCCCUGCCCCAAGCUCUGCUGGGAGAAGUGCGGCCCUUGCCUCAGGAAGGUGGAGAAGGUCCUGCCCCGCUGCGGUCACCGGCAGCGCCUGCCGUGCAACGUGCCGGUGGAGCGCUGGUGCUGCCAGGAGCGCUGCCUGCGGCCCUUUGCCUGCGGCCACCUCUGCCCGCGGCUCUGCGGGGAGGACUGCAGCCGGGACAAGUGUGGUUUGAGAAGCUGCCGUGGGGACAACUGUGAUGGGGACGACCCCAACGGGGACCACCAUGGUGGGGACAGCCACGAUGGGGACAACCACAGUGAGGACGACCACAGCGGGGAUGACCACAGCAAGGAUGACCACGGCGAGGGCGACCACAGCGAGGAUGACCACAGCGAGGGCGACCAAGGCGGGGACAGUGGUGGUGAGGUGGCGGAGGGGUUCCCGCCGCGGUACGAGCACCCAGCAGGAGCUGCCGGCAGCCAGCAGGUUCGCAGCCGGCAGAGCCUGGCAUGA